AUGAGUGAUCUUUGCGGUGGCGCUGAUUUUAGGAAAGGGGCUUGUAGGCGAGGAGACAUUCCACCCGAAGACUUGAGUUGUUACUUACUAUCUCGCCCUGGUGCUGGUUCUGUGAGUCGAUCUGGUCUGUCCAAGACCCUAACUCCAGCAAAUCUGGAAGAGCUCUUUUCUGCUGAAAUUUCAUCAUCUCCCCGUGUUGUCCUUUACUGCAUACGUCCCGAGAAGUACAUGGUACUGAAGGAUGGAUCUGUUUUUAUGUGUACUGUUUCAACCGGUACUCCUAUCCUUCCCUAUAAUGAUAAUAUGGAUAAGUAUGUCAUCUGUGUCAAUUUUUUCUCAAUUCGCCACGCUGAAAGCUUGUCACUAUUGAAGGCUCGUUACGGUCAAAGGUUCACCGCCACCAUCGAAGCUUCGCCGCCGCCGUCAAAGUCGAAGGCUCGUCACCUUACAAGGUUUUUCCGCUCUCUAUCUUUGCCGCCAAACUAUUGCAGGCUCUACCAUCACUCUAAGGUUAUUUCCAGGCAUUCCGAGUCUAAAGAUAGAAAGAGCAAACAGAGGGGGAAGAAUGUUCAAGAUUCUCAAGUGAAGACCCUUUUUGAGCAGCUGAAUGAUGUUCCUUUGGAUAGUGAUGAUCUAGCAUCAACAAAUAUUCAUUUUCGUGGAAGGUUUCCUAGACAGGAGAAAAUUAUCGAGGAGGCAGAUUCCCGGGUGCGCAGUAAUGGCAGUGGAAUGAAUAGGGGGAAAAGGCGUAAGUUUCGAAGUGCUCGAAGAACUCGUGUUGCCACAACAUCAAGAGAAAUUGGAGGUGAGAAUGAACUUUCUGUGGCUUCCAACUCAAUAGCUCAGGCUUCAGCCCACCAGAAAUAUCACUUGGAGGGGGCUGAUGAGUUUGGAGAUGAUAAUGUUACUAGGGCUCCAAAAAAUGGGUGUGGCAUUCCAUGGAAUUGGUCCAGAAUUCAUCACAGGGGUAAAACAUUCCUUGACAUGGUUGGAAGAAGUUUGUCUUGUGGUUUAUCAGACACUAGGUUGAAGAAAGGGACAUUUGAUGACAAUGGAAGACAUAUUUCUGAGAUGCCUAUGGCAUCUGAGCAUUUGAGUUCAUAUACUAAGUAUGAUGCAGAGGCACUGCCCUUGCUAGUUGAGGCUUUUGUGUCUCACGCAAGCACUGAAAAUGCUUGUUGGGAUCAUGACUAUUCUGGGGAACUAGGUCUUUUUGGUGAUAACUUAUUCAAGCGUGAUGUUGAUUCUGAUCUCGCAUCCAAAGCUAGAUCUGGUGAUCAGCGUAAGUUGAGAGGGAAUCGCCACAGUCGACACCAAAGUUUAACACAAAAGUACAUGCCUCAAACCUUUAGAGAUAUGGUUGGGCAAAAUUUAGUGGCACAAGCUCUUUCUAAUGCAGUAAUGAAGAGAAAAGUUGGUUUGUUGUACGUGUUCUAUGGUCCCUAUGGCAUUGGAAAAACGUCUUCUGCUUGCAUAUUUGCAAGAGCUCUGAAUUGUAAUUCUUUAGAACACCCAAAACCUUGUGGAUUUUGCAAUUAUUGCAUAGUGCAUGAUAUGGGCAAGAGUAGAAAUAUAAAGGAAGUAGGUCCAGUUAGCAAUUUUGACUUUGAGAGCAUCAUGGACCUACUGGACAAUAUCAUUGUUUCUCAGCUUCCAUCACAUUACAGAGUGUUUAUUUUUUAUGACUGUGAUACUCUGUCGACAGAUUGUUGGAAUGCUAUAUCGAAGGUCAUUGACCGAGCACCUAGACGUGUCGUUUUUAUCCUUGUCAGUUCUAGUCUUGAUGUCUUGCCUCAUAUAAUAAUAUCCAGGUGUCAAAAAUUCUUUUUCCCAAAGCUGAAGGAUGCGGAUAUUAUACAUACUCUGCAGAGGAUUGCAACCAAAGAAGGUCUAGAAAUUGAGAAGAAUGCCCUGAAACUGAUUGCAUCAAGGUCGGAUGGAUCUAUGAGAGAUGCUGAGAUGACCCUUGAACAACUUAGUUUACUUGGACAGAGAAUAUCCGUUCCUCUUGUUCAGGAAUUGGUAAGGCUAAUCUUUGAUGAAAAAUUGGUGGAUCUGCUUGAUUUGGCAUUAUCGGCAGACACAUUUAACAUCGUGAAGAAUUUAAGAGUGAUAAUGGAAGCCGGUGUUGAGCCAUUGGCUUUGAUGUCACAACUUGCUACAGUAAUUACAGACAUACUUGCUGGGACCUAUGAUUUCACAAAAGAAAGGCGAAGAAGGAAGUUCUUCCGUAGACAACCAUGUGGUGAUGCAUUGGAGUCUCUGGUGCUGCAUUCUUUUGGUAUUGGAUGAAGUUGAUGAAUUCUUGUCUUUCAAUUCCCGGGAAGACAUGCACCGAAUAUUGGAGCAUGUAUGGAGGAGAUCAAGUGCAGACCCGAAUAUUUAGCUUUGGCAUUGUUUAGAAUGUUUUUAAUUGCCAAUAAUAACUGUUAAUUCUGAUUGUAGUUAGUAGUGCAUGGUUUGUAUUGUAGAAGUGUCCAAUACUUUAACAAUAGUACCAAAACAUUUUGUUUGUUUGAGUUAAAAUAGUUUACUGAACUAAAC